CGUACACGUCGCGCUUUGGGUGUCCACGUGGAUGCUCUUCUAGGGUUUAUGGCCAGCGGCCUAGUUUUUUUCUCCUCGAUCUCUCCGUGUACCGCCUCUCGUCCCAUGGCGCGAGCUUCGAUCGACGAGAAGACGAGGCCUCCGAUGCUCUCGAAAGGCGCAUUUUCUCCUCCGGAUUGGGCCAAACACUUGAAUCCAGCGCCGAGCAGCAUCUACUGUCUCGCACAGCUUCCAUCGCCAAUCCAUCGCUGGGAUUUGCCGAAUUUGCCCGCUGAUACCCAAGUCUGGAUCAAGAGAGAUGAUCUCACUGGAAUGCAGCUGAGCGGGAACAAGGUGAGAAAGCUGGAAUUUCUCCUGGCAGAAGCAAAGUUACAAGGUGCCGAUUGCGUGAUAACCAUCGGUGGAAUCCAAAGCAACCAUUGUAGAGCCACCGCUGUUGCUGCUCGCUAUCUGGAUCUCGACUGCUAUCUCAUCCUUAGAACAAGCAAGAGUCUGGUGAAUGAAGAUCCUGGACUUGUUGGUAACUUACUUGUAGAGCGACUCGUGGGAGCUCAUGUGGAGCUCGUCUCGAAAGAAGAGUACACGAAGCACGGUAGUGAGGCCCUUGGAGACAUGCUCGUAGAAAAACUAAGAGCCCAAGGAAGAAAGCCUUAUCUCAUCCCUGUUGGUGGCUCCAAUUCUCUUGGAACCUGGGGCUAUAUUUCCGCUGCACAGGAGAUUGAGCAGCAAAUAGAGGCUGGGACGUGUCCCCGUUUUGACGAGAUUGUCAUGGCAUGCGGAAGUGGUGGAACUACAGCAGGACUGGCUCUUGGAAACCAUCUCAGCAUGAUCAAGUCCAAGGUUCAUGGUUACACCGUCUGUGACAGCCCGGAUUAUUUCUACGAUUACAUCCAGGGACUUCUGGAUGGUUUACAUGCGCAAGUGGACUCUCGAGACAUUGUCAGGCUGGUUGAUGCCAAAGGACUGGGAUACGCACUGAGUAGUACAGGAGAGCUUGAGCUGGUGAAAGAGAUCUCGGAGGCCACUGGCGUAAUUCUGGAUCCAGUUUAUAGUGGGAAAGCAUUGCAUGGCAUGGUUAAAGACAUGGUGUGCGAUGCCAAGUAUUGGACAGGGAAGAAGGUGCUGUUCAUUCACACCGGAGGCCUCCUUGGCAUGUUUGAUAAACUCCAGCAGAUCCAACCCCUCACCGGGAAUUGGAGGAGAAUGCAAAUCAUGUAAAUCUAAAUUCUUAGUCAGAGAAACGAAAUUCCUCCCUUGGAAUAUCUUGCAACGAUCAACAAUUCGAAAA